AUGUGUAAUGAUACAGUCUUGAGGGCGUCGGUGUCGCUCCCGCCCUGGAGCUCUAGGCCGGCAUCUCUCCGCGAGCCGCGGGUCAAGUGCCGGCGGCUAAGGGUGCGCGAGGAGCCGCCACCCGUUCCGCGUUGGCUCUGGCGUCGGGGUCGUUGUGUUGUGACAACUGCUCCGCGGACCCCACGCCAAGCAGCGACCCUGAGCCGACAGCCGGAGCGCCCGGCAACGGCCGCUUCGACGGCCUCGCACCGGCCCAUCAAGGGGAUCUUGAAGAACAAGAUCUCUACGACUUCCUCCAUGGUGGCGUCGGCCAAACAGCCCCGCGGGAGUGUGGACGAGGAGCUGAGCAAAAAAUUCCAGAAGUGGGAUGAAAUUAACAUCUUGGCGACGUAUCAUCCAGCAGACAAAGGCUAUGGUUUAAUGAAAAUAGAUGAACCAAGCACUCCUUACCAUAGUAUGAUGGGUGAUGAUGAACAAGCGUGUAGUGACACCGAGACCACUGAAGCCAUGGCGCCAGACAUCUUAGCCAAGAAAUUAGCUGCUGCUGAAGGCUUGGAGCCAAAGUAUCGGAUUCAGGAACAAGAAAUCAGUGGAGAGGAGGAUAGUGACCUCUCACCUGAAGAACGAGAAAAAAAGCGACAAUUUGAAAUGAAAAGGAAGCUUCACUACAAUGAAGGACUCAAUAUCAAACUAACCAGACAAUUAAUUUCAAAAGACCUACAUGGUGAUGAUGAAGAUGAAGAAAUGUUAGAGACUGCAGAUGGAGAAAGCAUGAAUACGGAAGAAUCAAAUCAAGGAGCUACUCCAAGUGACCAACAGCAAAACAAAUUACGAAGUUCAUAGAAGAGAUUUGUUCAACACUGCAAUUGUUUGUUAGAUAUAAACCCUGUGACUAUAAUACAUUGCUGCUUGUUCUCCACAAUUCAUGAGUUAAGUACCAAAAUGCAUACCAGUUAUUAUAUAUUGCCAAGAAUUAAAUG